AUGUCUCAGGGGAACUCUGAUAUACAACUACCAAAGAUUAACGUCUCAGUUGAGGAAAAUAUCAAAGAACAUGAACAAGAUGAGCAAAUUAAAUCUCGUCAAACGAGGUUUAAAAUACCCACAAUACAAAAUUCUAGGAAUGAUGCAUAUCGCCAACAGCAACAAUUACAGAAGGAUAAUCAACCUAUAAUUAUACAACAACAACCAGGUUGUUCUACCCUUGGUGGAUCGAGAGGUGGCGGACUUGCCAGAAUGGGAGGUGGUGGAAGACAGAAGGUUAGAUUAGCUCCAGGUCAUAGUGCAUUAGAUUGGAGUGAUUUGAAUAAGAAAUUGUUACAGGAUAAGUCUCGAAGUAAUGAAUUAUUAUAUGGUUUACGUACAAUGCUUGAAGAUGAAAAUCAAGUUACUAUUCUAAAAAGAAUUAAUUCAGAAAAUAUGGAUACGUUAUUGAAAUUAUAUCGAUUUAAUAUUCCAUGCCAUUUAUUGCAUCCUCCAUUACGUAUCAAUGAACAGUUAUUACGACUCCAUCAAAAGGAUGAACAUGAAUUUUGGACAGUAAUUCAUGGAAACGUUUAUUGUAUUGGUUCAUAUAUGAAAUAUCAUCCCGGUGGUUCAGAGAUAUUAGUUCAUUAUGGUGAAAAAUUUGUAGAUGUUGGAUUUUGGUUUAAUAAAUUUCAUCGAUGGGUAAAUUAUGAAAAAUUAUUACAGAAUUGUUAUAUUGGUAAAUUCGUUAAGGAUAAAUGA